CAAAAAUAAUAGUGCCGUGUCAUAAAUACAAUCCAUAAACACAACACAAACAUAUUCGAAAUAAUCUAAAGGAUGAAUAGCUCUAUGAUUAACAUUACGUAUGAUACAACAGCGUGCAAAAGUAUUGAUGUCACUGAGCAACGACCACGGAAGAAAUUGAGACCYGAGCCAUCAUCCACAAGCGAUGCGGUUUUGCUUUUGACAGAAAUUGGGAUCGCCAACUAUCAUCUCGGUCACCACAACAAAGCCGAACAAUUUUUUUCGCAAGCGCUGUGUCGCGUUGACCGGAAAUUCAUUGUUGAUCMAACGAUAUCGACAUCURUGGAAUCRUCAGGAUCGUUGAGAGUAACGAAAUGUCAAGGUGUCGAACAGCUGAAACUUUUUGAUGACAGAAGCCGUAUACCACCGUCACCAAAAGCUGUUAAGAGCGAUAAAGCGAGUCGCAUCGAAUACGAUGAAGGAAUGAGGGUUUACGAAAGCCCUAUGGCCCUGGACGACAUUUCAAAUCCAGAUCUCAUCGCCUCUACCCUCUAUUACAAUAUCGGUCAAACCUACACAAGACAAAAACUCUACGACGACGCGAUUCCAUGGUUUGAGCAUUCUAUCGCACUAUGUAACCGCGCGGAUGAUUUCACUAUUCGACAUGUUUCACUCCUCGUAUUCAAGACUCUACAUUGCUUGGGAUAUUGCAAUCACAGGCUAGGAAAUGAUGAGAAAGCUACUGUUUACUACGAACAAGCACUGUCGAUUGUAUCCGAGUCGAAACUUGGGAGUCCUGUUCAUUUGGCGGCAUCUUUGAAUUGCAUUGGAGUCCUUCACUUCAACAGCCAGACCUGUAACAAUACUGAAGUCGCUCUGGAAAUGUUCCACGAGAGUCUCAACAUCUACAGAACUAUGACGAAUACAAAUCGAUCGAACAAAACGGCUAUCGCCACAGUGUGUAACAACAUUGGACGUGUGUACUACCUGCAAUCAAAGUUUCAAGAAUCCUUAGACGUGUAUGAGGAAUCACUGAGAAUACGACGCGAGAUUUUGGGAAGCGACUCAGUCGAUGUCGCUGCAACUGUGUACAACAUUGGACAAACCUGUCACCAGGUCGGUCAGCUAGACGAAUCACUAGAUUAUUACAAAGAGUUCCUUCGCAUAGCAACAUCUGGUGUUAUGCCCAUAGAAUCGGCGUCAAAAGAURUGGCACUAGUAUUCAAAGGAAUCGCAGAAAUUUACCAAGAGMAAACCGAUCUAAAAAUGGCGCUUCACUAUUUUUCUCAAGCUCUCGAAUUGCAGAAGAAUUUCGACACUGUAUAUAGUACUGAUGUCGCUACAACGUUAAACAAGCUAGGAAAUAUUUGCUACGAGAUGAAGAACUUCACGACAGCCAUGAAUCACUACAAGAAAGGACUUGAAAUUGAAAGGAGAGUCCUACCAGCCAACCAUCCUCACACUAUCAUAACACUCGUCAACAUCGCACACAUCCACAAACAACUUGGGGAACACGAAAGUGCUCUUAAGGCUUACAUGGCAGCUUGCAAAAUGCAGAUGACAGCUUUUGGUCGAGAAAGCCUCUCUGUUGCCGAGACCUUGUCAAGCAUUGGUUUGAUGCAAUACCACAUUCGUGAUUAUGAAUCUUCAUUUGAGUCCUACCAAGAAGCUCUUCGUAUUCGCCGCCAUUCUUAUGGAACCGAUGAGCACUUGGACGUGGCAUCAACACUAAAUUCGAUCGGUCUCGUCCUAUUCAAGCAAGAUUUCUUUGAUUUGGCCAAGAAAUGCUUCGGUGAAAGCCUGAGAAUUCGAAGCAAGAUUCUUGGGAAAGACCACAGAGACGUAGCUAUCCUUUGGUACAAUAUUGCAACCAUUCACUUCGAAACUGGCGAGGAUGAUACUGCCGUCGAAAUGUAUAAAGAAACCUUGCGAGUAGAAAAGAAAGCUCUAGGCAAUGAUCAUCCGGAUGUCGUCUUGACAUUACAACACUUGGGACAAGUUCAUCAGCAAAUGGGUCAAAUCGAUGAAGCUCUUCGUUACUUCAACGAAGCUCUUGAUAUAGACACGGAGAAUUUAAAAAGUCAAGCCGACGUACACAAGUCAGGGUCGAUGGCAAGAUUAUUGAAUCUUCUUGGCAACGUCUACCUGCAGAUGGGGAAAACAAAAGAGAUGAUGAAAUGUUAYAUAGAAGCAUCUCGAAUUUAUGAGGCAAACCAACGACCUGGAGAAGCACUAGUUAUUGCAGGCUAUAACUUCUACGGGUUAUCGAAAACAAAUCCGCCAUGUGCAGCUGUCGCCUAAAUMAAUUAGGGGCAAUGAUGCCUUUGCAAAGCGUCGCAUAGUAUAAUUGAUCUAUUAUGAGCAUCAAAAGCAUCAGCAUUGUAAACUUAAAUAGAGAACAUCGAAUUACCAGGAAAACUAUUCCGAUAUCAAGCCAAUCAGCACGRCAUCUUGAGAAAAAUCCUACUGCUUUACAAUCCCGCAUAUCCAGUAGAGCAAAUGGUACGGUAAUGGAUUCUCUGAAGCGUUUUUCAUCAUUAUCGAAAUAAAAGAUGACAGGUUUUAAAUCACAGGUCAUGCAUGUCAGAAUCUCAAAAACUUCAAGUUAGUUUAUGAUUCGAGUAUCAAGUAUUAUAAUAUAGUAGYACGAAGUACAUCAUUUGAUACAAGGCUGGAACUAUCGAACAAUCUCAAAUCCAUSYCUUCAAAGCCAUCUUGUUGAGGUGAAGUGAAGGCGUGUUAAACGUGAUUCUGAUCUACAUGUGAUACAAACAAGCARGUGAUUUGUGCAUGUGUUGCAUGUAACCGUUGAAUCUCUCGAGCUAGGAGUCGCUUUAUGAUUUGUGCACGGACGCAUGUUUGUGCUGAAUGAGUGUGUAGGUAGCGCGUGAUACCCUCUGAGGAUGUCCCURACCGUUUGUCUUCAGUUCGUGCUACGUAUUGUAAAAGGUCUGACACCCAAUGGUAAGUUCAUUUUUUCCCGAAGCUCAUACUGGUGGYUUCAGUAGCUCAUCAUAUCACUUGAGCGCAGUUGAGAGUAGAUUCUAUGAGAACAGUAUCCUGAUAUGCUGGACCAUUUGAAAACACAAGAAGAUUUUAACAUUGACUUGUUCUAUUCUUUUUAGAGUUCGAUCUUUUAGAGUUCGAACUCGAUCUUUUUCAUGACGAGCCAAUUCGUCAAUUGGAAUUUCAUGCUGCAGCGGCGGGAUGUGGUGUCACAUCAAGAACCAUCAAAUUGAGGUAGAAUACRCCCCAUCGACUGCACAAAAAGGAUUGUGAUAUUGAUCCGAGGAUAUCGGAUAAGCAUCUCAUCACAUUCGAACAUGCUUCUCGUUCCCCCAUUACGUAGUAGAUCCCGCCUUGGUUAUUUAGAACAGCCAUCUUCAUUGUUGAUAGACCGUGUGACACAUUUCCACCACCACAGCUAUUGUAUACCUUUUCGUAAAGACGAGUUGCUUGGCGUAAGUAAAAGAGCCCUUCCUUCGUGUCUCGACCAAGAUCCGAUCCAAGUAAUUGACAGCAUAAGCCAAGAUUGUACCAUAGGAUAGGUGCAACGUUACUCGGACAAAUAUCAGAAUCAUCUUGACACUGCGCACAGSAMCGAUUCUCUGUGCUAGAAUGUUUCUGGCAACAGGGUUUAAUUAUCGUUGGGGCGUAUGGAUACACAGUUGGCCUUUCGUCCUGCAUUAUUGCUUUGGUUUGAUUUUCGUCGCAGCAUUGUAUUUCAGUCCAUGAUAUCGUACAAUCUCGAUGUUUUCUUCUUCUCGAUUUUUCUAGGCUAUCAUGCGUGUUGAGAAAAAGAUUGGACGCUCCUGUCAUAAUAUUGCAAGCUUCAUACACAUCCCCAUGCUGGAGCUUGGCAAUUGCUCUAUUGUUGAGAACGAUUAUUUGAUUCAUAGUCGAUGUAGGGGGAUAAACUUUCGGUUGGACAAAAUGUGUGAAAAUGACGUCGAUACAAUCACUACAGAGUCUGCUUUCACUUGUGGGACUUCUUGGCUAAAGUAUCUGUAUGAUUGUGUCAAAGAAUAGUUGUGUCAAAUGUGCUUCAGGUAUUGGUUUUCGUUCGUAUUAUGCUGUGGAAAUGUUGUAGUGCCACACGGUACUGUACAUUCUGAAAAAAUCUGAGGAACMCUCUAUUUUAGUUGUAGAACUUGGUCAUUUUGGUACCACAAAAUCCGAUAAUAGAGCACAUGAGAAGCGAAUUGCAGUUUCAAWUUUGGAACCAGCCCCCUCAACUUCUUCUGGAUUUUUUUUCACUUACGUUACCGAUAUUAUUAGAGUUCAGAUUAUUUCAGCGAACUUCUUCCAUAACCUUCGACUGAAGAAACAAAAAAGGGCAUAUUAUUCAURCGUCGGACACUCCAUUACUAAACACCAUCGGAACUAGACAUGGGAUCAUCGUGGCACUAGCGCCAAUAGUGCUGGAAGAAUUUUGAAUGGACCAUGCGAAGAUGUCUGGUCAGUUUUCUCGCUGCUGGUAGUUCCGAAUCUGCCGUGGUGAAAAUUCUUCCAGAAAGAUGUCACCAAACUACGCCAAUCAUACCGURGUACCGUUACGAGUAUAAAUACUUACACAAGUA